CGUUAUUCCAGCUCGCCGUCGGGCUCGCCACUCCCCCUUCCUCCCUCCCGCCAGUCUCCUUCGCUACUACCUUCUUUCUUUCUUCCCUGCAUCUGCAUUUAACCCGGUUUUGUUUACUCUUUUCGCUUUCUAGCAUGGCCUCAGUCAAUCGCCGCCCCCUCUCCGCUCGCCCAGUCUCGCUUCAAGUCCCCGCUGUUCUCUCUCCUCUCAAGGCCAACGGCCGUUCAAUACCCCUCUCCUCUAAACGUCCCUGUCCAGAUGACGCGGAUCCAGCUCAGAACCAACUCGCUACAAAACGGCCCCGCCCAGUUGUCAGGACAGCUUCAGCCACUUUACCCACCGCAGUCCGUGACGAGGACCGCAGAGAUAAGGAACGAAAACGAGCAGAGAGAGAAGCACAAAAGGAGGAAUUCAGAGUAAAAUACACUCGUGCUUUUCCCUCGUUUGUCUUUUACUUCGACACGGACCUCUUAGACUCGGAGAACGUUGAUGUCCGUGACGACUUGCUUAGCAGAGUCCACCAUCUCGGCGCUCGCGUGGACGACUUCUUCUCUAAUGAAAUCAGUCAUGUCAUCACGAACCAACCUGUGCCUACAGACCAGGCCCUUCUGGGCAAAGAAAAUCUCCAGAAAAAGUCCCUGCAGUUAAAGAGUCCCCUCAAGCUGAGAGGCAGGCCUGUAGAAGAGGAAUCUGUAGGUCAAUCGCAGUCUUGUGAGGGCUUAGUCCAGAAAGCCCUUGCGUUCAAUAUGAAGAUCUGGAGUGCUCAGAAACUGGAUGGUGUCUUGGAGCGAUGCGAUGUUUCAUCCACAAAGUCGUCAAAGCAGCAGAUCGUCUCACAAGCUCCUUUAGUCAAUGGUAGCGGUCAACGCUCACUCACUCGUCUCCUCGCAUCCGAGCGCCUGCAGGGUGCCACGACGGAGCGUGACCCUACUUCUCGCCGGCAUGACUUCCGAUACUUUACCAAAGGCUCUUAUUUUGUGCUGGUCGAGGAUGUCUAUCAGGAAUUGGCCACUAUCCAUGCAACUGAGUACAUGCCAUACAAGGGACGAGAUGGCAAGAUGAAAGGCGAAUGGCCGGUCCUUCACUGUCAUCCGCAUGCUCGGGGCCCUUUCGUUGAGUUCGAUGCUAAGGAACAAAAACGAUGGGAAAAAUCCCAACGGGCGGAAGCUGACAAGGAGAAUGAGCGUAAGCGCAAAGUGGCCAGGGAGCUUGAACGCAAGAACCAGGCACGGCUACUCUCAAACAAGUCAGGAAGAGACCUUCGCCGCUCUGUUUCAAUGAACAACCUUCACCGGCGGGUGACAAUAGGUGCUGCUGACUUCGUUGACCUGGACAUUGACUUUGGCGACGGGCAGGAUUCCGCCAACGCUUCCGGAUAUCUGGCAUCUACAGGUACGGGGGCAUACAUGGCUGCGUCCGGCAAUAGCGUAGGGAUCACGUCGACUGCUGGAACUACCUCCACAGCUGGAGGGUCCAUCCGACCCCUGGAUUUACCAGCUUCUCUGCGCUCCCGGCUUCAACAGCAGGUGUUGACGUCACGGAAGGCCCCUACUACUAUCAGCGCGAAGGAUCAAGACACUACCCACAAGAAGGGCACCAUGGGACCUCCUAUUGGAUUGCCCGAACGACCUCACGGUCUACUGAGGAAAAGUAGAAGUACAACUACCAUGCGUUUGCCGAAACGCGAUGAGGCUAGCAAACCGGGGUACUGCGAGAGCUGCAGAGUCAAGUUUGAAGACUUUGAUACGCACACCCGGCAAUCCAAGCAUCGCAAGUUUGCAAUGGACGACUCAAACUACCUCCAGCUCGAUUUCCUGCUAAGCCGCGUUCAGCGGCGAACGCGACAAGAAGUCGAAGAAAGGGAAUGCAAGCAGGACGAUGUGGACUCGGGUUUUUUGGAUGGAUCAGACCCUGCUCAAUUUUUGCAAACACAGAGCGACGCAGUUUCCGAUGAGGAGAUAUGGGAAGGAGGCUUCAGCACGAGUGGAAUGAUUGCAUGAUACCUUCACACCUUUUGUUUGCUUCGAUCACUUUCAAAGCGAAAGACUUCCCUUGGAUUGUAGUUUCUUGACCCAUCAUUGUAGCACAUAGCAUCAGCAUCAUCCUCAUUCGUACUUCACUUUAUGUAUGGCCUUAAUUAUAAUUUCCC